AUGAAAAAUUUUAACUCAACUACUCUAUUUCCUCCUGACUUUUUCUUUUCAAAUAAAUCAAGAUCCCUAAAGCCAAGCAUCCGAUAUCUUGAGCCCUUGCCAGAAAUUCAGCAAGAGCCCCGCCAUCCUUAUAAAAUUAUUGUGACAUCUCCAAAAUCUCAUUCACAAGACCCUAUGAAGAACUCGAAACUGAUUUCUUCGUUAUCUUGCAAACAUUUACGAAACAGUUUGGACCCUUUUCAAACGCCUCCUAUUCAGCCAUCUAAAAAAAACCCAUUAAAAACCCGUUUACCUCACUUAAAACCUCUUGUACAUAAUUCAAUUUUCAGUCCUCGACUUUCUCAAAAGUCAAUAGAAAACCGACCAAAAGAUUUUGACAAGCACUUAACAGUGACAUUUAGCCAAAAAUCAUUUAUCCUCAAUAGCUUAAGGGGGAUAUAUUUAUUUUAGAUUGUUAUUUGGAUGAAAAUUUAAUUAAAUUCAGUAUAAAGUUCUAAAUCAAAUAAAUAAUCGUUAA